AUGGCAAGCAAGCCAGAAAAGCCAGGCCAUGGCCGAGAUGCCGUCAUGGCAUCGGACUCGUCUAGUACGACUCACGAUGUCAUACCUGUUCAUGAAAAGUUUGACGAGGAUAAUCAAUUGGAAAAUGCCUCCCCCUCUGGCCGUAUCGAGCUCACCGAGGAUAUGUGUUACGACCAGCUGGGCUACUCCUUCAGUGAAUGGAAGAAAUGGCGGAUCAUUGGCGUGAUCUUCCUGGUUCAAGUCUCCAUGAACUUCAACACCUCGCUGUACUCGAAUGGUCUCUCUGGUAUUUCGGAGGAGUUCGGUGUCUCCAUGCAAGCUGCCCGGUGUGGUGCCAUGAUUUUCUUGGUUCUGUACGCUUUCGGUUGUGAGCUGUGGGCCCCAUGGAGUGAAGAAUUGGGCCGAAAGCCUAUUUUGCAGCUUUCACUGUUGUUCGUUAACAUUUUCCAACUGCCAGUAGCACUGGCCCCGAACUUCGCCUCUAUUAUGGUCGGCCGAGCGCUGGGAGGUCUGGCAUCGGCCGGCGGUUCGGUGACUCUGGGAAUGGUUGCAGAUCUAUGGGAAGCAGAUACCCAGCAGUAUGCAGUCGCAGCCGUCGUUUUCUCCUCUGUCGGUGGCUCGGUUUUGGGCCCAGUGGUCGGUGGUUUUGUGGAGGCGUUCCUCCCCUGGCGCUGGAACAUCUGGAUCCAGCUCAUCUUCGGUGGCUUUGUUCAGAUCAUGCACUUUAUCUUCGUUCCCGAAACCCGAACAACCGUCCUCAUGGACAAGAUUGCGAAGAAGAUGCGUAAGAGCGGCGAAAACCCGAACAUCUACGGCCCUACCGAAGGCCUGUCUUUCCGUCAACGCUUCCCUCCUCGUGAGAUCAUGGCUACGUGGAUCCGUCCAUUCCGCAUGUUCUUGACCGAGCCAAUUGUCUUGACCCUCUCAUUGUUGAGUGGAUUCAGUGAUGCCUUGAUUUUCAUGUUCAUCCAGUCUUUCAGCUUGGUCUACGGCCAGUGGGGUUUCAACACCUGGCAGUUGGGUCUCUCGUUCAUUCCCAUUUUGGUCGGCUACUUGAUUGCGUGGAUCUCAUGGUUCCCCGUGAUCAAACGGAACAUGGCUGAACGCGCCGCCAACCCUGAUAGUGAACGGGCCCAAUAUGAGUCCCGACUAUGGUGGUUGUUGUACACCGUACCCUGCUUGCCUAUCGGUUUGAUUGGCUUUGCCUGGACCGCUUUGCCACAAUGCCACUGGAUCGGAUCCAUGAUUUUCGCUGCCAUCAUCGGUAUCGCCAACUAUGCUAUUUACAUGGCAACCAUCGACUACAUGAUUUGUGCAUACGGCCCGUACUCUGCCUCGGCCACCGGUGGUAAUGGAUGGUCGCGCGACUUCCUGGCUGGUGUUCUGACCAUCCCCGCGACUCCCUUCUUCACGAACAUCGGCAGCACCAACCAUGUUGAAUACGCCUGUACCAUUCUUUUCUGUAUCUCAUUGUUGUUGGUCAUCGCUGUCUAUGUCAUCUACUGGAAGGGCCCCGUCCUGCGCAAGCGUUCUCCAUUCGCGCAGCAGCUGUCAGAGGCUCGCCACGACCUGGCUAUCCAGGGCCGACGCAGAUCAAAGGUUCCUGAAGCAUCGCGCGCCAACUCGUACGCACGGUCCCAGCAGGAUCUCCGCCUCCGCCAGGCCCUCGGCAGCCGCCCUGGGUCUCGUAUCAACUCCCGGGCCAACUCUCGUGCAAACUCUCGUGCAAACUCCCGCCGCAACAGUCUUAAUGCCUGA